UCGCCGCGCAGCCCCGGGCGCGGGCCUGGUCGGGGCCUCCGAGUCAAAGCCCGGGCCUCAGCCCCGGCCUGCGUCCCUUUCUGCGUCCCGGCCGGUGCGUCACGAAGCUCCGCGCUCCCCCGUGCCUCAACACGGGUGUUUCUCUCCCUCAGGGUGGCGAAUUCCAUUCGAAGAGUGUUCAUCGCAGAAGUCCCCAUCAUAGCCAUUGACUGGGUCCAGAUAGACGCCAACUCCUCCGUGCUCCACGAUGAAUUCAUUGCGCACAGGCUGGGUCUCAUCCCACUCACCAGCGAUGACAUUGUGGAUAAGAUGCAAUAUUCCAGAGACUGCACGUGUGAUGAGUUCUGUCCCGAGUGCUCUGUGGAGUUCACCCUUGAUGUCCGGUGCAACGAAGACCAGACUCGUCACGUCACAUCCCGCGAUCUCAUCUCCAACAACCCCCGGGUGAUACCGGUAACGUCUCGGAGCAGAGACAACGACCCCAAUGACUAUGUGGAGCAGGAUGACAUCCUUAUUGUGAAGCUGCGGAAGGGCCAGGAGCUGAGACUGCGAGCCUAUGCCAAGAAGGGUUUUGGCAAGGAGCAUGCCAAGUGGAACCCCACAGCAGGCGUAGCCUUUGAGUACGACCCGGACAAUGCGCUGAGGCACACUGUGUACCCCAAACCGGAGGAGUGGCCCAAGAGUGAGUACUCUGAGAUUGACGAGGAGGAUGCUCAGGCUCCCUAUGACCCCAAUGGGAAGCCAGAGAGGUUUUAUUACAACGUGGAGUCCUGUGGUUCUCUGCGCCCGGAGACCAUAGUUCUCUCCGCACUGUCUGGCCUGAAGAAGAAACUGAGCGACCUCCAGACCCAGCUAAGCCACGAGAUUCAGAGCGAUGUCCUCACGAUAAACUGAGGUGGCCCCUUGCAAGAGGGGGGAGUGAUGUAGAAGGUUCCAGCACUCUGGACUGAGGUUUUUGCCUCCCCAUCUCCCUCUGCCUUUCCUGUCCCAGCUCUGCUGGUUGGUGACACCUCUUCGUUGGCCCCCCUUUCCCAGGGAAAGCCAUCGUCAUGUGUGGGGUAAAGCAGGAAGGGAAUCGGUGAGCACCUUUGCUGGGACAGGCUUUGUCUCCAAGUGAUGUCAGAGUUUUGGAUUCUGGCUGUGUGGUGUUUGGGAUUGGGAAGCAUGUACCCCGGUUACACAACCCUGCCUUGUUUGCAUGUCUGUUCCUUACUGUGCUGAAUAAAGCCCACCAUGUUAUGUCA